CCGGUGAAAUGCUAUUGCUUUACUCUUGUUAUUACCUCGGCAUAUUCUCAUCCCCUCAUUUUAUCUGAGCUUGCUAUUUCAACCAUUUAAUUUAGUGCCUUUUUUAUCUCUGCAUUUUGUAUUUUUAUACAGCGUUUUCUUAUACCAGAAAAGGGGCAGUAUUCAUGCCGAAUCCCAGCGCGCCCUCCGAAACGUCGAUUACUGUUAACUCGUUCUUCGGCAAUCCCGGCGAUGACAUUCCCCACCUGCAUAUGGAGAUACCGCAAACCUCCACGGGGGCUUACCGCGACGAUCCGCCCUCGUAUAAGGAGGUCACGCACAACAUGCCGCUGCUUGACGCGAAUAGAGAAGAAUUUUCCAAGGAACCCGCUAAUCUCCCUCUGCCGCCAUUGUACGAAGAUCUUUUUGGGCCCGGGCAACCGUCAGCGUUUGUCCCUCCUGAAGGACGGGACUGGGAAGAUCCCGGAGUGGCCUGUGACGAAUUUUGUAACCCCAUGAACUGCUGCCGCAUGGUCGUGCAGUGCGGUAUUAUCAUGGGGAUCGUCUUCCUGGUUCUGGCAGGCACUACGCUGACCCAUGAAACGUGGCCGCUUUGGGCCGGGGGCGUGCUGUUGGGAGUGUUCUAUUUGUGGUACUUCAUCGAUACUUGCUGCUAUAAUUCCAAUAUGAAAUUCCUCAGCAAUGUCUUGUCGCUGGCGGAACUUGACCAACAUGUGCAGAGCGUCCGAUCAGCAAAGGCGGAGAUUGCAUGGCACAUGGAAUGCUACCACCACGAGACGCGCACACGCACGGUGACCACCGGUAGUGGAAGCAAUCGCCACACCCGCACGGAAACAUACACUGUCAAAGUGACUACUUGGAGGGGAGAUAAACCUUUCGAGUACGCCUCGUGCGAAGAGGUCUCCAGUCCUCAACAACUGGAUAAUAUCGAAGCUUUCAAGCAGACGCGAAUUAAGUUCUCCAAGCAGUUCGUUAUGGCCGACAGCGCAACACGAGCGGCUUUUGAAGGGCAGCGCGAUGAGUUUGUCGCCGCCAACCGCCAUCGGGACCGACAAUACAGCUUGACUGAGUCGUUUGAGAUUGCCGGGUUUGAGAAAGCCCUGAUGGCUUCGACAACCGAGGAGAAGCCAUUCUUUUUACAAUGUCACUGGUAUGUUCUAGCAGUCUUGCUGCUGCUGGAACUGCCGUUCAGUCUGAUGAUCAAGAUGCAGUCACGGCGUAUGGAUUAUGCGUACGUAAAAAAGCUCGGAAUAUGGUAGAAAUAAUAGAGUUUAAGUUGUUCUUCACUGAUAUUGAACAUUGCUUAACCUUAUUGAACAUUAUUGAACGGCACGGAUGGCCACUGCUUCUUGCCCUAAGCCGGUCAGUGGAGAGUCGCCACUGGCGACGCAUAAAAGCGGCAACUUCCCGUUGCGGAUUUCCUCUCCCGCCCACUAUUUGAAUCAGAGGAGCUGGAGCAGCAGGCGUCCAGGAUGGGACCGGAUGUCAGAUGGAAGGCGUAGUACAUUUAGCUAGACGUUCUUUGUUGUUCGCUUUGUCUCGUGGCUUUCUGCCUGUUGUUUCCAGUGAAUAAGGCAUAGCUGCGUCAUGCGUGUGUUCAGGCGGUGAUUUGCGUUUGCUCUCACGCGCGUUGCUAUUCAAUGAUGUUCGCUCCAGUGGGCAGAGUCGUCCACCAGGGAAUUUUUUAUAAAAAUC